UGAGUAUAUUGUACAGUACAAACUAUUCUAUAUUUUAAACCAAGUAAACAAAGGACAUGCCAAAAUAAAAGGGAGAUUCAGGUUGAUCUUGCAACAUGUAAACAUGCAUUUUGAAAAGCAGAGGAAUACAUUGUGAACAAAAUACAAUGAUGGAUACCGAACGUACAUGUAGGAAAACAAUCAGACAGAUUUACAUCCUCGUUGCUCUAUAUGUAAUAGUCACUGCACAGAGUACAUCAGCAAAGAAUGGGUGCCUUUUAAGUGAUAACAUCGACAAUGUUUAUAAUGUGAUACUCAAUACACAACCAAGCCCCUGUGAAUCAACACCUAUAGGGGGCACAGGUGGAGGUAAUACAAGGACUAAUGAACUAGAAGUAGAAUAUGCCAAAAUUAUUCAAGACAACAGAGAAAUUUCUUUGACUUUAAUUCGAUUACAGAAUACGAUACUUGACAUAGCAACUGACAAAACUAACAUUACAUAUGUAAACCAAACUUUGCUCAAAAUUGAAAAUAAAAUGGGACUUCUUAACGAAAAUGUGAUUCAACUUCAAGAGAACAUAAGAAAAGGAAACAUGGAAAAUUUAACACAAGAACUUGAUGGUUUGAGAAGUUCAUUUAAAAAACAAAACAAAACUCUGUAUAGAUUUAUCAGCAAUGUGAAUACUAAACUGGACGAUACUACAGAAGGAUUGAUAUUAACAAAUAGACAGCUAAGAGAGACAAAUGAAAGGCUUGACAAUGCAAUAAAAUAUUUAAGAAAUGGAACAACAAAUAUACCAAAUUAUUCUAGUAAUACUACAGUUGAGAAAUGUCCACCAUCUUCAGUACAGUAUGAAGGAACAUGCUACACAUUCAUCAAACAACAGAUGACAUGGCAUCAAGCUGAGUUGACGUGCCUAACACUGGGGGGACAUCUGGUGGCCAUAGAGACCCAAUCAGAGCAGGACUUCAUAGUAGGGUACUUAGAUGACAAUGAUAUGAAAGGAUUUGACUACUGGAUUGGAGCAAAUGACUUGAUACAAGAAGGACAGUUUAUAUGGGUCGGCACAAACAAGCCCCUCAGUUACACCACAUGGGCAGAUAUUAAUGGUCCACAGCCAGACAAUAAUAAAGGGAAGGAACACUGUGUGCACCUUCGUGACAUUCAUGAUCUUAACUGGAAUGACAUCAACUGUUUUGAGUAUGAAUUCAGAUCAAUAUGUGAAUACACUUAGAGAACAACACAUGUGGAAUUAUAGUUGGACUUAUGAUGCUGAUGCAGAAUAUACAUUGUAUAUUCAAUUCAUCAAAAUAUUUGACAAUGUUUGUUAUAUGAACAACAACAAUGGUUUUGCGUAUAAAGCUUUUGAGUCAACACAUGAACACAGUCAACAUCAGUGAUCCUGAUAUCUUUAUUAUUAUUAGUUAUUGUUUGUUAUUGUUUUAGUGUAUUAAUUAUAAAC